CUGAGAGCGUGCGGGAAAGCUCCUCAGUUGCCCGAUAAUUGUACUAUCGACCAUGUGUUGCGGGAACUACCCUGUCAUCAACAUAGAGCGUGGCCAUCUAUGACUUCGAGUUACGUGUCACUUCUUUUUCGCUCAGGAAUUGAGUGUGCAAGGGAAUACCAAAAUUUUUAUGACUCACCUCGAACAGAAUGAAGUGGUCAGCCUUUAGGCAAUUUUACUUCAAAGAUUAUUCUUGCAUUUUUUUUGAAGUUGUUUCAGUUUUUUAAAGGAAUACCAGAUGUUUUAGGAGUUGGAGAGAAUGCGGUCACAGAUAGUGAGGAACAAAAUAUUUCAUAAAAUAGCAUUUUAUAGAAAGCGAGAAUCUGAGUUUUUGUAAACUUAUAAAAAACCAGUAUAGCAUCUAUUUUAUUGUCUCAAUACCGCUUGUUCAAAUUGUGUAUAGUAUAGUAUCGAUGUCGAUUUUAGUGGAUGAUAUUAUUUUGAAUAUAUUGUAACUGUAUAGUAUAUAGAUGAUAGCUGUGUACUUUAAUAGCUGAUCUCUAGUCAUUUGAUUGAUUUUCAAUAAGAGUGGCAUAUUUAUUAUCGAAGUUAAAGAAUCAUUACAUGUAAUUAAGUCCAGCAUUUAAUGAAAAUUACAUGCAUCAUCCGAAUCUAGUCAGACAAGAAUAAAAAAAAAUCGUAUAUAUAUAUUGUAUUAGAUAAAACUUGCUAGUCUAAACAAAAUUGUAUUGUAAACGGAGAAAAAAACUAGAGCGAAAUAUCUGCAUUUAAGUACUUAUAUAGAAUCCAAUUAUUUGAAACAAAUAUCGGAAGUCUACAUCGGUGCAUAGCUUUACUACUUAAGUUCUACUUAUAAAUGCAUGAAAUAUUGCACUUAACCUUAGAGUUUCAUUGUCAUAAGUAACGAUGUUGAAGCUAAGUUCUAUGCAUAGUUUAGUACUUGUCUUGUGGACUCUGCCCACCGUUUUGACCACAUGUGUGUUUCCCUCGGACGAUGCAAAGCCCAAAGGCUUAGAAGAGAGGGCUAUAGACUCGGAAGUGGUGUUGGCAGCUUACACCAGGACAGUUUACAAGCAAAGGAAUAGCUCUUCCAACAGCUAUAGCGCUGAAUUUCUCGUCUUCAACAUCAUCAAAGGUGAAGACCGCGUUGUGGAAAUCUACGAGAAACGCAAACCAUCGUCCUUAGAGACUGCUCUGAAUCGUCGUUUGGUGAACGUGUCCAAUUUCGGCGAUCCAAGCAAGUGUGAAUCGGAUGUGAAUCCUGGAGAAACUUACAUUCUGCUGCUUGAUGUCUUGGCUAACGGGGAACUUUCAGCUAGAUAUGAUGGCGCUUAUGGUCCGGCUGUUAUUUACACGAGGGACAAGGAAACUGCUCUGGAAGCAAUUGGUUCGAGUCCAUGGGGCGAAUGGAGUCCUUGUAGUGGAAGCUGUGGAGGUGGAAUACAGCAACGGAGACGGCAGUGCGAUGGAAGUGGAAAAUGUUCCAAUGAAGAAGGUCAGCAGAGGACGUGCAACAUGUUUCCUUGCUCUGGUAUUCUGAACAUUCUGGAAGUGGCAGGAAUUCAUCGGUCAGCCCUUCGUCCAUCUGGACGCCCUACGGCCUACAAGCUACUGCCCAGUGGAUCUUGGCGAUCCAAGAAAGAAGAAAUAGUGUUUCCGAGGACAUUUCCCUGGGAAUUCUCGCUUCUGGUGACAGUCAGGGUGAAAAAAUCUUCAUCUGGAGGAUUCCUCCUCCGCGUAUUGCACUCAGAAUCCUUGCAAGUCGGGCUAUAUAUUAGUGAUAUUCUGACUUUGGUUUUGUCAGAAAAAAACAACAUACGGGCAAGUUUCAUCAAAUCAUUAUUUGACGACCACUGGCAUCAACUGGCUUUUAGCGUUCGAAGGGAUACUGUCUCGUUUUACUUAAACUGUGAAUAUAGUGGUAAGCUGCCUUUAUCAAGUAAGAUCAGGCCGUUUGGUGGACAGCCGGCAACUGUAAUAGUUGGAAGCACAGGAGAGCACGAACUGGAUGCUUUCCAGGGUGACAUUGAACAAUUAACAAUAGCAGGUAGCCCAGAUGCUGCAGAGAAGCAAUGUAAUUCGACUACACAGCCAUUGAACAUUCGAGGUCACUCUUAUACACUGCGUCAAGAAGCUCGACCAAGGCCUCAUUCAACAUUUGGCACGCAGAAUGAUCAGUUGCCACUUCGAGGGGACAUCGUCGAUGACGAAGAUUUCAAUUUCGAUGAGACCGGAUCGGGAAGUAACUCGAAUAAUGAUGAUUAUGAAGAGGAGGAAAACGAUGAAAAUCCCAAAAAACUAGAUAAGAUUCCUUUGAAAUCUGAAAGUACUGAUGAUGAAGAAUUUAUUGAAGAAGACGAAGAAUUAAAAGAAUUGAAAUUGAAUUUCGAUAAGGAAAAGAACAUUGUCAAUAAAGAUGAUGAUUAUGUUGUCGACAAUUAUGAAAAGGAUGAUAUCGACAUAGAGGUUGAUGAAUACGUAGAAAACGAAGAAGUUAAAGAUUCGGAAAAAGACAAAUUUGAAAAGGAUCACCCUGAUGAAGAGCCUGAUAAAGACGAUGAUGCCCCCACAAUUGAAGGAUCUGGAACAGGAUCUCAAAUUGAACUCGCUUGGUCAGAAUGGUCACCUUGUAGUAGUACAUGCAACUGGGGUCGCCGCACAAGGACAUCUUAUUGUUUAGACAAUGGUUUGAAUUUGGAAAGUUGUGCAGAAGCGAGUUCUAAGCGUUCCGAAACUGAAGCCUGUUUUGUCAGAUUGUGUCCCACUACCUCGACGACUGUGACAACGACUACUACCACUGACUUGGUGGUCACAACGCCCAUACCUAUAUAUAAUACUUCAGUAAUUGCCAUCACGAAGAAAAAAGAAUGCCGUGUGGUUUGCCAGAAUGGUGGAACAUGCCAGCCUCCUUACAAGUGCAUCUGUCCUCACGGAACCUAUGGAAGUUUGUGCCAGUACGUGAAACAGGCGUGCAGAGUAAACUGUAGAAACGGCGGGACCUGUUAUCCACCGUCAACCUGUAUAUGCCAGAAGGGAUUCUUUGGAACAGAAUGCCAGUACGCUCUUUGCAAACCAGGCUGCAUGAAUGGAGGUGUUUGUGUUGCUCCGAAUAAAUGCCGAUGUAAAUCUGGAUACGUUGGAAACUCAUGCCAUAAAGCUGUUUGCCAGUAUGGCUGCAAGAAUGGAGGGGAAUGCGUGGCUCCGAACAAGUGUGUGUGCAGAUCUGGAUUUUCUGGAAAGGACUGCAGUCAACCCCAUUGCGAUCCUGCCUGCCAAAAUGGGGGAGAAUGUGUCAAACCUUAUUUCUGUCACUGUCCACCGGGUACAAGAGGAAACUUUUGUGAAAAAUUUCAUUGCAAACCCGAAUGUCAAAAUGGCGGAAUUUGUACUGGCAAAGGAAAAUGUUCUUGUUCAAGAGGUUAUUCUGGUUAUAGCUGCGAAAAAGCAUAUUGUCCAGGUGGCUGUUUAAAUGGAGGAAAAUGCGGAAAGACUGGAAAAUGUUUGUGCCCUGCAGGCUUCACAGGAUUGCACUGCGAAAUAAAGAAACCUUGCAAGUAUAUUGAGAUAAAAGAACCAUACAAGAGGGGUUUCAAACAAAAGGUAACAACGCAAGCCAAAGUUCCCUGUGGAGCCUGGGGUUGGAAAUCAUGUACGAAAACAAAGGUUCAUUACGAAAUGGUCUACAAAACAUUCUACAAAACGUCAUACGAGUGCGAAGGAACGCGCAAAGAGUAUCCGGAUUACCAAAAAAUGAAGACUGCAUAAAGGCCUCAUGUUUGUGAUCAUUGUAAAACUCUCACGUCUCAAAUUUAGCUGUUCAUCGCACAUUAUCUCUUGUUCUUUGUCCGUUAUCAUUUGAAUAAAUGCCUGUCUAUCACCAA